AUGGCGAGCGACAUAGUCCGCGUCUCACCGAACGAACUCUCCUUCGCCUCAGCCGAAUCCUGGAAAUCCAUCUACGGACACCCGGUCGGGGGAACAACCACAAUGGUGAAAAGCGAGUUCUACGAGAUGUUCGGAUCAGGCUUCGACUCGCUGUGUAUUGCCUCGGAACGGAAUCCGCACGUUCAUUCCCGUAUGCGGAAAUCUCUGACGCCGGCUUUCUCGACGAAGGCUCUUGUGGAGCAGGAGUCUAUUGUGCAGAGUUGUAUAGAUGAGUUUAUUGAGAAGGUAGGGGAACGGGGGACGCGGGAGGAGGGGCUGAAUUUGAGCAAGUGGUUUGAGAUGUUGGCUUUUGAUAUCGUGGGUGAGAUGGCUUUCGGGGAGACUUUCCAUUGCAUUGAGAACGGCAAACCUCAUCAUUGGAGUGAGAUGGUGACAUCUCAUGUCUUUAUCGUCACCCUGGUCGAUAAUCUCCGCCGUUAUCCGCUCUUUUACUAUAUCGGGGUUUUCAUUCUCCCUAAACUGACGUUCUCGGUACGGAAUCGGCAUUCGCAGUUCAGUCGUGACAAAGUCGCGCGGAGACUUGAGAGUCAGUCGUCUCGAAAAGACCUCCUCACCAAUCUCGUCGAGAAGGUGGAGAACGGCGAGGUUGGGAAGGAAGAAAUGACUGCACAUGCCUCUACUCUAAUGUCAGCAGAGUUCUUUCCCUUACUUACCUACAUCCUUAAAAAUCCCUCCGUCCAUGCGGAGCUGUGCAAGGAAAUCCGCGCCUGCUUCAACAAUAUAUCGGAUAUCAACGCCACGGCUGCGCAGCAGCUACCUUACCUCCAGGCUGUCAUCUCAGAAAGUCUACGCAUCUACCCGCCUGCAUCCCAGGGCUUCUUGACGGAAGUUUACACGAGCGCUUGGACAGUCACCCACGAUCCACGAUACUUCCACGACCCUUACGUUUUCAAACCCUCUCGCUGGCUCGAUCCCGCUAACACUGAUCUUAAAGAAGCUAGUCAGCCGUUUUCCCUUGGUCCGCGUGGUUGUCUGGGCCGGAAUUUCGCAUACGUGGAAAUGUGUAGUAUUCUUGCUAAAUUGUUCUAUGCCUUUGAUCUGGAAUUGCUGGACUCGGCGCUGGAUUGGGAAAAGGAGAGUAGGAUGCAUGUUAUGUGGUGGAAGCCAUCGCUUCCUGUGAGGUUCAGAGCUAGGGAAAAGGUUCCAACUAGGGAAAUGUGA